CUGAAUUAGUUUUAAAACGACAACUAAGAUGGUUAAAAUGGAAAAAUUUUGUUUCUGUGCUCCGCUAAAAUGGGGAAUGCUUAUUAUAGCCAUUUUUGAUACAAUACUAAAUGUGCUUGGAUGCGUUGCAUUGGGUUUUGAGGAACAUAAGGAUCAGCUCUAUAUGCUAACACCAUUAGUAUAUGGUGUAUUAACUCAUUUGAUUGCAUGCAUUCUAUUAGUGGUGUCAAUAAAGGAGCAAAAAAGGGAACAUGUAAUUUGUUAUAUUAUUACUGGAAGCUUUCGACUUGUAUACGCUAUAUACCUUAUCGUCUGUGGAUUUAUAUAUUGGUUUCUUUUUGUUGCUAUAAUCCAUCUCGUUCUGUUAAUCUUUGGCAUUUAUUUUCUGGUCUGUGUCUUCUUUUAGUACGAAGAACUCGAAAAAUAAAGAUAAAUUUAUGCGGAGUCAAUCAAAAGAUUAAAUUAUAUCGAACAUGCAAUAUUCAUUUUUAUGUACAAGCUUAAGAUUUGUAUAGAUUUAGAUAUCUAAAGCAAGCUUUGAACAUCCAGACACUUUUUCACCCCAAAGAUUUUGUAUAUUAAAUAAAUUGUAUGUGUGUAAACUUGGUAAAAAACCAAAAUUUAUUUCUUAAAUUUUUUAAACACGACCAAUAAAAUGAUUACGAUGGAGAAAUUUUUUUCUUUAUUCCGAUGAAGUGGGGAAUGCUUAUUAUAGCCAUUAUCGAUACAAUAUUAGACGUGCUUGGACUGAUUGCCUUAUAUUUUGGUAUGCU